AUGGCGCCGUCAAAGCACCUCUCGAUUCUCGCCGCCAUCUACACGCUCGCAUUGCUGCUGGCGUCGGCUUCCGCGCGGCCCAGCAAGGAGGAUCUGAUCAACGAGUUCAAGGCGGCUCGCCUUGCUCUCAGUGACCCCAAGCUGAACGGAAAAUACCAGAGCAGCGGCGCAUUCAUGGACCGCCUCAUCCUGGUUCUGGCCUCGAGGCUUUUUGUUGCCGUGUCUGGUCAUGCUUGCCUUCGUGCAUUGUUUCUCAUCUGCAUUAAACAUUUCCUUCUCCGUGAUGCAGAGACCGACUGGAACCCAACCGACGAUUACCUCGCCAAAACCGAGGGGAAAACCGUCCUGCUACCCGAGGAUGCGGUCAUUGCUUCCGUGGUGCCUGACGCCGUCACAUCCACAUUGACGACCCCCAAGCCACAGCCCAGCGACGUUAUCCCGUACGGGAACUGGAUUCGCGCCAACAUGCUGGACGGGGUGUUCUACCAGGAGCAAGACAUCAAGAGCGCCCCACAGCUGAAGAACGCGAAUGGCAACAGCAUGAAUAGGACCGAGGUCUUCGACACCAGGACUGGGACGAUGAAGGUGGCCAUCGGGAAGGCCAGGGCAACGAUUAGGGUUCCCACGAUUUUCAGAGGGAAUAUUUUUAUCAUGCAUGGCGUAGAUGCGGUGCAGCCGAGGGUUUAA